GGAACGAGCGUGUGGCCAUCCUCUCCCUACAACUGUCGAUGAGGUUGGCAAGAUCACAACGUUCCACUCUCUAUCAUACCGUUUCAAUAAUUUCACGCAUACGCACUUGUUGCACAAGCUGUAGACUAUUGAACUAUCCAAGCAGGUCUGUCUCCUUCUGGAUCACGCCACGGACUAUUCACGCGGCGUAACUCGACAUACCAUACACAAGUGAACAAGUAACAUCGGUUCAGAAGUCGGCAAACAUGUCCUGGAAGCUAGGCAAGAAGCUGAAGGAAUCGAGUUUCCUCGGGGGUCAUCACCAUUCCUCCCACAAAGACAGCUCGGCGACCAUCACACCUUCAGAUUCACGGUCGACCACUCCUACCCCAUCCGCGCAACAACAGGCGCAGAACAAUGUGCCCAGUCACGUAUUCGGUCAGAGCAGGACCAAUUCGGGGACGGCUACCCCUACUUCCGCGUCUGUACAGCCUCCGACGGCGAGGAGCGGGUUGCUGAAGAUUAGGGUGACGAGCGGGAAGAGCCUGAAGCUGCCCGAUGGAGUCUCCGUCCCUGAACCCAUUCAGAGGGCACUCAACACCCACGCUCUAGCAGCAUCCAUGUCCACCUCGGCCAACGCAUUGGCUAUGCAAGCUAAACGUCAAUCAGGCGCACCCACUAUGACCAGCAACCGCGAUUCCGUGCAGAGGAAACAACAGUGGUGGUUACCUUAUGUCGUAUUGGAGUUUGACAAGAACGAGGUCUUGAUCGAUGCGCUUGGAGGAGAUUUGGCGGCACCCGUGUGGAUGUAUAGCGCGACAUUCGACGUGUCCCGUAUCUCCGACAUUAGCAUAACCGCUUACCUGCGGAACGUCUCGCCCAAUGCACCUGCUAACCAGGGGGAUGAGAACGCGAACAUGGGAAACAGUGAUCUUUGUCUAGGUUCUGUUCGAUUUACGCCGAACCUGGAGUCAAUGCAACCGGUGGACGAGUGGCUGCAGUUGUCUCCAGGAAACGGUGCUAUUCACAUGCAGAUGGCUUUCAAGCCCAACCAGAACCAACAUCUGUCCAUCGACUCGUUCGAAUUGCUCAAAGUCAUCGGCAAGGGAAGCUUCGGAAAGGUCAUGCAAGUUCGUAAACGAGACACCCUCCGAAUCUACGCCCUCAAGACGAUUCGAAAAUCGCACAUCGUCGCUCGUUCCGAAGUCACUCACACCCUGGCCGAAAGGACCGUACUCGCCAAAGUUAACAACCCUUUCAUCGUACCCCUCAAGUUUUCUUUCCAAUCUCCUGAAAAGCUGUAUCUGGUUUUGGCGUUCGUCAACGGGGGAGAGCUGUUCCACCAUCUGCAAAGAGAGGGCAAGUUCAACGAGUUGAGGAGUAGGUUCUAUGCGGCCGAAUUAUUGUGCGCUUUGGAACAUUUGCAUAGCUUCAACGUGAUUUAUCGCGACUUGAAACCCGAGAACAUUCUGCUGGAUUACACCGGACAUAUCGCCCUCUGCGAUUUCGGUCUGUGCAAGCUGAACAUGUCAGAGAAGGAUACGACCAACACUUUUUGUGGAACCCCGGAGUACCUGGCUCCUGAACUCUUGUCCGGUCACGGUUACACGAAAUGUGUCGACUGGUGGACUUUGGGAGUGUUACUCUACGAGAUGUUGACCGGACUGCCACCGUUCUACGAUGAGAACACCAACGAGAUGUACCGCAAGAUCCUGCAAGACCCACUGAGAUUCCCCGAGGAAGUCGGUUCGGAUGCCAGGUCAUUGCUGACCAAGCUGCUGAACCGAGACCCUGCUCAACGGUUGGGCGUCAACGGAGCUCAGGAGAUCAAGGACCACCCGUUCUUUGCCAAACAUAUCGAUUGGAAGAGGCUACUGGCCAAGAAGAUACAGCCCCCCUUCAAGCCCGCAGUAGCAAGCGCUAUCGACACGUCCAACUUCGACUCCGAGUUCACUGCCGAGCCACCCGUCGACUCCGUCGUACCUGAUUCCGCACUCUCCCAAACUGUGCAGCAGCAAUUCGCCGGUUUCUCCUGGAGCGAAUCUCCAAUGGGUCAAUCUUACCGAUAGACGAAUCGGCCUCUCGAUAUACCCUGAUUGUUCUGGUCACCGCCACUGGUUUGUCAAUUCUUUUUGAACCUUGUUUGUAUGAAACGCUGCGUCUUCGACCGCGAUGUGCAUCUAUACCAUGACCUAGACGGCUAUUUUCUGUUUUCA